AUGUCUUCAUCCUCUGCUCUACGUCGCCUUGUGGCACUAGUAUUUUUUUUGGUCCUUGGAACUCAAUUGUGUGAGGCCGCCCCGUACGAAUCCUCACACCAUGGUGGACGACCACAUUCGCCUUACUACCCGGUGGGAAGAAACGAAACCAACCCCCACUCUGUUACCGUUAUUAUCACUGCCAACUUAACAAUCGAUUUCCCAGGAUUUUCGCUAUCCAAGACCGAAAAGAUUAUCGAAUACGUUCUGCGGGAUCCAAGCGAAUACAUCACCGAACUCUGGGACCAAUACCAAAGUGCUAAGAAAUCCCAGGACCUCGUGAGCGGAUUCGAAUCCUACCUACAGCUCAUUUCGUUGCAGGACUCGAAGGGAAACCUGCUUGAAGACAUUUUAACUGACUUAGAGCUCUACUCUCAAUAUGUGAACCCUCAAAUUGUCGGUGUUGUGAGUAAGCAAGUGGUGGAAAAGGAGUCAAAGCUACCAGGCGAACAGUUGUUCGCUUUAAUUCUAAACGUUUUGAAAGAGGGCAAGCAAAAAAUAGGCUGGCCUUUUUGA